GAGAGAGGGAGAGAGAGAGAGAUUAGCGAGGCUUCCUGUUCUCUGUAAAGUGAACAGUUGAGCUUUGAUGUGAAUAAGUCAAGGUUUAAACGUCCAAAACCGCGCACUACAUGCCGCUAUAGAGAAUAGUGCGAAUACGGUGGUGUGGAGACUCAUUCUGACAUACUAUUUAGUGCGCGUUUUGAACGUCCGGUGUUGACAUACUGUUUAGUGCGCUAGUAUGCGGGUUUGGACGUAACCACGGCAACGCCGGCGUAUAGAUCUUUAAAGCCACAGCGAGCGUUUCUGAUCGAUCUAUCGUGCGCUCGUACACCGGUUUUUAAUGCGGUUUGAGGGCUUGUUUUUAUUUGAUUUUAUUCAGGUUUGGAUAAGAGGUGCGCUUUACUAAGCCGUGAAGUGAAUCGCACUAGUUUAAACCGAUCGAGCAGGAUUUUCCGUGGACUACCAUGUUCGAGACGGUAGGAUCCAUUUAAAGCUUGAAUUCAAUGUGAUCUGAUCUCUAGCUGCUGUAAUAAUUACUAGAUUGGAUGUCCGGUUCGUCUGAGUGACUUACUUAUAUCGUGGGAAUGUAGAGUAUUUUUUAUUUUUUUUUAUUUUUUUUUUCUCAAAAGAAACCCUCACAGAAUUUGUAAUGGUUUUAAGGGUUAUAGUGGGAGCUGUAAUGGUUUUAAUGGAACUUGUAGAGGUCCCUAUGGGUGUUUACUGGUCGUUUGUUGCCUUCUGUUUACUGGAGGCAUGUCAAGUCUAGUGGUUAUCAUUAAAGACCAAUAAUGGUACUAUUUUCAUGGUUAUAAUGGGAGUUGUAUUGGUUUUAAUGGAAAUUGCAAUUGUCUCUACUGGUAAUUUGUUGCAUUGUAUUUAUUGGAGACGUGUCAUAUCUAGUGGAUAUCAUUAAGGACCGAUAAUGGGACUGUUUUCAUGGUUAUAAUGGGAGUUGUGUUGGUUUUAAUGGAAAUUGUAAUGGUCCCUAUGGGUCUCUACUGGCAAUUUGUCGCCUUCUAUUUAUUGGAUGCAUGUCACGUCUAGUGGAUAUCAAUAAGGACGAAUAAUGGGACUGUUUUCAUGGUUAUAAUGGGAGUUGUAUUGGUUUUAAUGGAAAUUGCAAUUGUCUCUACUGGCAAUUUGUCGCCGUCUAUUUAUUGGAGGCGUGUCAUGUCUAGUGGAUAUCAUUAAGGACGAAUAAUGGUAAUGGUUUUAAUGUUUUACAGCUGUUGGUCUGUAAUGGUAUUUGUAGUGGAAACCAUUCGAAUGUCUGUGAGGGUUUUCUUUUUCAGCAGGGCUCAUUUGAAUACGCGCUCCCAAGACUCCGACUCGGGUAUGAAUCGUUAUUACAAGCUGCUGUCGGUGGAGCCGUGUGAACUAUAGCAUCGCUCAGAGAUAACCAUUCACACUUUAUUCUUCAGGUACUUCAGUCCUGUCUAGUGGGGAACUCUAAAAUAGUGUCACGGUUGUGCGUUACUGGUCUGCUGAUGUUGAAUGAACAGCUGCUUUAUUUAUUUAUUUAUUUAUUUAUUUAAAUACAUCCAGACACGUGUGAGGGGAUUUUGUUGUUAUCCUUAGCCGGAUUGUUUUUUUUUUGUUUGUUUUGUUUUUUGUAGAACGUGUAGGACAUGUGUUUUUUACGAUUGCUAUUUGUGUAAUCCGGCUUUUAUGGUGCAUCACAUAUACUCCACUCCUCCCAUUUGUGUAGGAGAGAGCGAGCGAGAGCGAGAGUGCACGGUCGUCCAGCGUUAACGUCAGGGUUUUUGGUUACAACCCCCCCCCCGGAGCUAUAUGGGGAGGUUGGAUAGCUGCAUAUGCCAAGAAUGUCUCGAGUCCUUUAUUGUAUUUUUUUCCAUCACAGAGAUCUGAAUGUCUCAUCUAGGCUGUGUAUUAAAUGAGCCUUAUUGCUGAAGGCCACGUGCCCAGAGCACACGGGCAACACCCUGGAAAAAGUGGCGUUUUUGUAGCAAAAACCCAUGGAAGAACUCGCGGCUCACGAUUCGCACUGGCGCGCUUUACCUCAUCGCUUAAAUUCCACGAGCGUCAAAGACUUGACUUUGUAUGAACGUCGGUACGCAAGUUAAAAGGGAGAAAGAGAAGGAAGAAGCAUGUCGCGCUUGUCUCUGACCCGCUCGCCGGUCUCUCCCCUGGCAGCGCAGGGCAUCCCGCUGCCCGCCCAGCUCACCAAAGCCAACGCUCCCGUGCACAUCGACGUGGGGGGGCACAUGUACACGAGCAGCUUGGCCACGCUCACCAAGUACCCUGACUCCAGGAUCAGUCGUCUCUUUAACGGCACCGAGCCCAUCGUGCUGGACAGUCUGAAGCAGCACUAUUUCAUCGACAGGGACGGAGAGAUUUUCCGUUACAUCCUCAGCUUCCUCAGGACCUGCAAGCUGCUGCUGCCUGAAGACUUUAAGACCACAGCAUCGCUCAUAGACACUGCAUGGGAAUGCUUCCAUCUGGACUCAUGGGAAAUUAAAGAAAGGCGCAGGAGGGGCAAAUCACUCCUGGCUAAAUGCCCUGAGGACAGGGAGCAGGAGAGGGAGGGGGCCCUGCUUGCGGUGGGCCACAUAUCUGGGAUGAAGGAAUGCACAGAGCAGUGUGAUCAGGACUUUAACCUGCUGUAUGAGGAGGCUCGGUACUACCAGCUCUCCCCCAUGCUGAAGGAGCUGGAGCGCUGGAAGCAGGAGCGUGAUCAGCGGCGCUCGGCUCAGCCCUGCGAGUGUCUGGUGGUGCGCGUGACCCCCGACCUCGGGGAGAGAAUUGCUCUCAGCGGGGAGAAGAUCCUCAUCGAGGAGAUCUUCCCCGAGACAGGAGACGUCAUGUGCAACUCGGUGAACGCUGGCUGGAACCAGGACCCCACCCACGUCAUCCGAUUCCCUCUCAACGGCUACUGCAGACUCAACUCCGUUCAGGUACUGGAGCGUCUGUUCCAGAAGGGCUUCAGCGUGGCGGCGUCAUGCGGUGGCGGAGUCGACUCCUCCCAGUUCAGCGAAUACGUGUUGUGUCGCGAGGACAGGCGGAGCCAAAACAUGAACACGCCCCUCAGGAUAAAACAGGAGCCGCUGGACUAGAGACUGAUCUGCCUUCAGAUCCUGAGACUCAACAACUCAGUUCCACACACUCAGACGCACAUACACACACACACACACACACACGCACGCACGCACGCACAUACUCACUCACACAGCCGUACGUCUGUUACUUAAGCGGAAUGUAACAGACACAAAACACACAAAGUCACGCAAGAACAACCCAAAGAAAUAGAAACACAAAAUGGGCAGAACAGAAGCAUUUUACUUCGUUUCGCACUCUUGUGAUGAUUUAAUGGCACUCUGUCCGGCCGGCCAAUAAGAAGCUGGUUUCUCCCGUACGCGCCUCCUUCUGUCUGUGCAGCGUGAGUUGUUUUCACGCUGCAUGUGAACGAGUUGUAUUCAGGGAUGCCCGCUCUCUCCACCGCCUUCUCUAAACGCCGGCAAAGUGCCACAACGACACCACAGAGAACGAUAAGGUGCAGUGAACAGACUCAGUGCUCAGAGGACUGGCCAAAAUUAUUGUUUCAUGUUAUUGUUGUUUAUAAAAGAUGAAGGGAAAAAAAACAAAACAACAACAAACAACUUCUUAUUUGUCUGCCACCAUGAUGUAUACAGUCCCUAAUGCUCUGGGUUUUUUUUUUUUUAAUGUUCUUUGUUUACUUUGUUUCUUUUGUUAUAUGAAGGAUGAAUGCGAGUCGUGCUUACGCGGAGAGCGAGAGCGAGUCGCUGCUUCUCUGAAACACUCUCAUAGCCCGAGGCGGCACGGUUAACACACCGCGCACCGUAAUGCAUCCAGCGCCCGGAGAAGGCCGCUUUGUUUAAACAGAGCUGCAAGCAAACACGAGUCUUACUAAAGCUCUUCCUGCAGCAGGCCCAGGUAACAGAGAGCGUGUGUGUAAUGCAAUCCUCACGACAUAUCGCCGAGCAUCGACAUCCAGCAUGAGCUACUGUGUUAAAGAACGCAACGGUGAAAUCGACAGACAUCCCAGAGUGGAAAUCGUACAUUCGUGUCGACCUUUUCAUGAUCGUAGCCAAAUCCGAUCCAGUCAGGAUUGUCUCAAAGAGUCAAGCGUACACGCUCGAGUUCAUACACCUGCACUUAGACAAACAUGGGGCUCUGCUCUGAGGACAUGCCUGCUGGCGAUGACGAGAACAAGAAGCCUUUCAGCACUAGCAUAGCGUGCCGUGGAUCAUAGUUUAAGCAGCCCAAAUGCAAGUAGCUCAUUAAUCAUCAAUGCAUUACCUUAUUGUUGUGGUUAUUACGGUGAAUUAAAUUCCUUUGUUUUAAGGUGGUGUGUGUGCGUGUGUGUGUGUGUGUGUGUGUGUGUGUGUGUGUGUGUGUGGUAGCUGAAUUCCUCACCGUAUCACAUCAGAUGCGUAACGACGGUGACGUACAUACGCUUCUCACGACCGGAUCCGAAUACACUCGGAGCACUAGUGAGACCUGACGGCAGGAUCGAUCUUCUUUUCUUUUCAUUCUGUAAUAAGGGUUCCCUCAUACGAGUAAAAUAUCCGCUCGGAGGAGAAACUCCGGUCCGUGUGGCGUUACAGGAUCUAUAAUGAGGACAAAACAAAACAAACGAUGUGUCUCAGUAACAUCCGGUCAAUCAGAACAAGGCGCGAACCAACCAUCGAUCAUUUCACCUGUCCAUUUAGAAAGCUCUCUGUCUGGAGUGCUGUGUUUGGAGGUGUGGCUUUGUAGGGGUUGUUGGAUUGUUUGUAGGGGUUAGCAUCCUUGCUAAGUGCUAACUGUAACUUUUUAAAAGAGGGAGACGUAUAUGUUUGACAGCAUUUGCACUCUCUCUGAGAAUAAAGCCUGUCCUGUUUGGACUGACGGAAGGACAGCUUCAUUGAAUCGUUCUCUGUGACGGUGUGGGGUACGAGUGAGUUAUCGUACCUGAUAUCGUUAGUGUAUUUUAUUUAAACAUACGCUAUAUGACCAAACGUUUUUGUGGACAUCCUUCCAUAGGUUUCAAUUUAGUCUCCCUUUACUGUUCGAAUAACCUCCAGUCUUCUGAGAAGGCUUUCCACUAUGGAUUUGAUCCGUCCAGCAACAAGAAGUCAAGGCUCCGUGUAGAACGUUCGAGAUCUUCCACUCCAUCCUUGGCAAACCAUGUCUUCAUGGAGCUCAUUUUGUGCAUAAGGGUGUCGGAACACGUUUGAGCCUGUCCGUUCCACUGAACAGAAAUGUACUGCUACAGCACACAAAGACAUCCUGUACAAUCGUGUGCUUCUGACUGUUUGGGAAAGAACCGCGUACGGGUGUCCUGGCCAAGCGUCCACAACCUGCUAUCUCCCUAUAAGAUAAAUCAUUACAUAAGCCUCCUACGGUAGCUAAACAUCACCUGCGUAGCUAGCUCAAGACCUGUAAAGGUUCAGGGUGAGUCACGACGGCACCAUUAAAGCGUGAAACAGUUUCGCAGUGAGAAGACUGACAGGUAAGCAGGCCGUAAACACUUACAACAUGUUCGCCAUUUACUCCCAUAUGAAGAUUACAUUUCAGCACACAAAUACGACUGCUUUGCCCAUCAGUGCUGACAUCAAAGAUGGACGAAAGCACAAAACAAACAAGCGAGUUUAAGGUCAGAACCCCCAGAGUGUGACCCCCCCCAGCAUCGCCACAUCAAACCCCGCCGCUUCGUCCCGUCUCUCUGUGUCUUACACACGCCGCUUCUCUCACCCAGAACACUGCUUGAUCCUCUGUUCCGAUCCGCCUGGAUAUUUUUAAAGAGAAAUGAUCUCAGUGGUGUGUGUGUGUGUGUGUGUGUGUGUGUGAUCGUUUCAGACUUAAAUCUGAAAAAUGCUCAUUAAGAAGGUUGAUUAGUUUAACUAAGUCCAGAUCUGUUGGCUUUGGUGCUGCAUUUGCUGAUUAAAUGCCAGCUGAUAGAAGGAGAGUGUGUGUGAGAGUGUGUGUGAGAGUGUGUGUGUGUUGGAUCUGAUAGCCUGGAGCAGAGUGCUGCCCCCCCAUAGGGAGGCCUAAUCAAGCCAGGCUUUGUUCUGAUCCAGCGUUGACUCAGUCUUCUCAUCCCAUCCAUCACACAGAAUGGUCAACCACUCCUUUCAUGUGCGAAGGGCUGUGUGUGUGUGUGUGUGUGUGUGUGUGUGUGUGUGUGUGUCAGUCAGAAGCUCUGAGAGCAGCAGUGCCAGUAGACAUGUUACACCCCCCACUGUGACACACCACCAUAACCCACCUACAGGACCCCCGGAGUUCGUUCACACACACACACACACACACACACACACACACCAGAGAGCGAAGUAUAAAACUACACUACAAACCUGUGAUGUCUUUUGUCAAGUUCGGCAGAAUGUGUGUUCAUAAGCUGUAACAAAAUUGAGCGUAAUUUCCUGUUCCCGCUCUCCCAGAAGCAUCCGGAACGUUUCGGCAGCCGGACCUGCACCGAACUGCCGAGCUGCUAGCUACCCCAGUCUCUUCACUAACAAGCAUAAGGAAAUAAUUACACCAUCAACAUUCUGUUAUUCAACAUAAGAUAAUAAUAACAAGAUUAAUGAUAAUAUUUACGCAGCGUGUUGUUUGAAACACGAAACAAACGUGACCCUGUAAAGUCCCGGGUUAUUAUUUACUCGCUCACCUUAAAGAAUGUGAAUUAUUGAGUAACUACGCUGAAAGUACAAGGAAAGGUACGUAGUAACGACGGUGAGGAAUGUAAGGCCAGACCUGCCGACGGCUCCUGACUCUCUAAUGGGUUAAAACCAGACUGGCUUACUUUGUAAUUAGUGCGGAAUCACAGAAAAGUGCUAAGGCUGAAAGAAAUAUUUGAACCGUUUCCAAACGAUUGACUAUUGAAGCCCUGUCUGAGGUUUUUAUAGCGACAUUUUGUUCUGCGAUGCUUUUGGAGAACUCGGGAACAGCUCUCGGAUAAUACGGUCUCUAUUAAACCUUGACGUUGAUGUACCUUUAAAAAAAAAAAAAAAAAAAAG